ACAAUUUUUAAGUUGGUAUGGAGAGUAAAAGUGACGCUUCCGCCGCCACCACUCCAAUCAUCUCCUCUUCUUCUUCUCCUCCACCACCUUUUUCACCGAGGGUGGUGCUCAGCCCAUGCGCUGCUUGCAAAAUCUUGAGGCGGCGUUGCGCAGAGAGAUGCGUUUUGGCACCGUACUUCCCUCCAACGGAUCCAGCCAAAUUCACUAUCGCCCACCGCGUUUUUGGAGCCAGCAACAUCAUUAAGUUCUUGCAGGAACUUCCAGAAUCACAAAGAACUGAUGCGGUCAACAGUAUGGUGUAUGAAGCCGAAGCUCGAAUUAGAGAUCCAGUGUAUGGAUGUGCAGGAGGAGGCUAUGAGAGAGAGAACGAUCGAAGGAGACCUCAGGGCCGCGGCGGAAAUGAUAAAAUCGAUGCACUUGGAAGACUCUUGACUCGAAUCUUGAGACAUAUGGCUACUGAGCUAAGCUUGACUAUGCGCGGUGAUGGUUUUAUUAAUGUUGAAGAUUUACUUAAGCUGCAUUUGAAAACGUCAGAAAAUAUCCAAUUGAAGUCACAUACGGUUGAUGAAAUCAGAGAGGCUGUGAGAAGGGACAAUAAACAACGUUUUAGCCUCAUAGAUGAGAAUGGAGAGCUCUUGAUUCGCGCAAACCAAGGCCACUCGAUCACGACGGUUGAGUCAGAGAAGUUACUUAAACCAAUCCUGUCACCAGAAGAAGCUCCAGUGUAUGUACAUGGAAGUUAUAAGAAGAAUUUGGAAUCCAUCUUAUCAUCGGGCUUAAAGCGCAUGAAUAGACUGCAUGUUCACUUCUCUUGUGGCUUGCCAACAGAUGGUGAAGUGGUUAGUGGCAUGAGAAGGAACGUCAAUGUUUUGAUCUUCCUCGACAUCAAGAAAGCUCUUGAAGAUGGGAUUGCAUUCUACAUUUCAGACAACAAAGUGAUUUUGACUGAAGGCAUUGAUGGUGUAGUGCCUGUCGAUUACUUCCAGAAGAUGGAGUCUUGGCCUGAUCGACAACCUAUACCUUUCUGAUUCACAGAACUCAACAUUAAUGUGUUAAUGCGAAGAUUCAGAGGGAUCUAUGACAAUGAUUGUGACGAUUCUUGUGAACCUUGAUUAUGUAAUGGUCUCAGUGUGUUCAACUGCACAUGACAAUUUAUCAAAACUUUCAAAGUAGUGUUAUGAGCAGGAAGAAACCAACUGAUAAAAAAAGGCCUUUCGU